AAAAGUGACAAAGAAGAAGUCUCCUCCACUGCCGGAGUGUCCGACGUUAUUUGACGAACAGACGGUGUUGCGAGGGAGAGAACCUCGCUGUGAAACUGUAGACUGUAUAGUGUCCACCCUCUCAGAAUGAGCGCCCUGCGGACCAUCGUGGGCUCCAUAUCCAUGGUCGUUGUGCUGGCAGUCGGCUACGGGACGUGGUCUAUCAUAUCUCCAGAAGAGGAGCGGAGGAAACAGCUGCUCAAGAAUCUGCCUGAGUCAAACCCGGUGAGAAUGGAGGAGACGAGGAAGAGGAACGCUCUGGUGAUGCAGGCACUCAAGGAGGCGGCUGAAACCAGCGACAACAUUGCGAGAGACAUCGGAGGAUCUGGGAGAUAGACAGACUGACCUCUGUGACCUGUUCUUUAUUUACUGACUGCUGCUGGCAUACAGAGCCACAACCUGAUUAAAUAUAGAUGGACAUUGUAUUAUUCUACAGGGAGGUGAUUUUCUCAUUCCCCGCUCUAAUGUGUGGAAACAGUUCACCACUGUAUGUUCAAACUGUUUAUUAAAACGUUCUGUACCCAA